UGCCCCACUUACUUUCGCAUGCAAACUUGAGGAUUCAGACGCAUAUCCCGAUUUACUGAGCGGAGUAAGUUUUGCUGUCGCUCAGCGUUACUUCGGACCGUCAUUGGCUGUCGUGUGAACAGCUCCCUUCCCGCGGCCGCUGAUUGGCCGGUCGGGGCGGAGCCACGGUCAGAGUCCCGCCCAGCGCCGGACUGGACGCCCGAAGCGGCGAGGCGGCCGGCUAGGUAUCAUCCCCAGACAGACGGCAGGCUGUGCGUGUGCUUGAUGCGACCAUGCCCCUGCUAAAGAGGAGUGUGGAGCCCCGCUCCCUGUGCCAGGGUGCCCUGCCCGAGGCCAUCAGCAGCGAACUUGAAUGCGUCACCAACAACAGCCUAUCAGCCAUCAUCCGGCAGCUCAGCAGCCUGACUGCUCCUCACUGCCCCCUCUAGGUAAACACGCAGAGGACAUCUUUGGAGAGCUUUUCAAUGAGGCCAGCAGUUUUUUCCUGCGGGCCAACUCCCUCCAAGAACGCAUUGAUCGGCUUGCCAUCAAAGUCACCCAGCUGGACUCUACUGUGGAGGAGGUGUCCCUACAGGACAUCAACAUGAGGAAGGCCUUCAAAAGCUCUACCAUCCAGGACCAGCAGGUGGUGUCCAAGGGCAGCAUUCCCAUCCCUGUGGCUGAGAUGUACAGCUUCAGUGACAAGCCCCCACCCCUCAGCAUCCUCUCCCCCUAUAGGGAUGACUGCAGGGAUAGCCUGAAAUUCUACACUGAUCCCUCGUACUUUUUUGACCUGUGGAAGGAGAAGAUGCUGCAGGACACAGAGGACAAGAGGAAGGAGAAGCGACGGCAGAAGGAGCAGAGGCGUGGGGUGGACAGCACGCUGCCACGGGAGGUAAAGAAGGUGCGCAAGGCUCGCAACCGGCGCCAGGAGUGGAAAAUGAUGGCGUUCGACAAGGAGCUGCGGCCAGACAGCUGCCAUUACCGCACCGUCCACCAGGGAGCGGAGUCUGAGGCAUCCCUGUCCCCCGACAGCAGGUCCUAUGCCUCGGACCACUCAGAUCACAGCUUUCUGGCCACGCCCAAUCACGUGGGCCUCAGUCACAUGCAUCUGGCAAACCACGCCCCCAUCACAGAGCAUGAUUACCACUGCACCACCGCGGGCCAGAGGGGCGGCACGCUGGGGCGACCACAUCAGCCCCCGCCGCCUCCUCCUUCAGCGGAGGCUGUGGAUGGCACUAUGCCCGUCCCCCCCGUUGACUACAGAAUGUUUUCCGGCUCGAUGCUCGAAUUCUAUGGGGCACCCCUUCCCCGGCUGCCCCCCGCCCCUCUCAUACCAUCAGCACAGACUGCCUUUGCUACACCCCCCGGGGGACUUCCUCUGCCCCCUUCCGUCAGCAGACCAAUGGUGGCGGGUGCAAGCUAUCUGGCCCCUCCUCCUGCCGCUAUGGCGCCAAUGGCGGCCCCAUCCCCACCGGGGCCCCCAUGCCCACCCCCUGGCCCUCCUCUACCUAGCGAGACUCAGCCAAUGGGUGAUGCACGCAGCGACCUGCUUGCUGCGAUACGCAUGGGCAUUCAGCUAAAGAAGGUGCAGGAAGAGCAGGAACAGCAGGCACGCCGUGAUCCCGCCGGCAAUGAUGUGGCCACCAUCUUGUCGCGCCGCAUCGCCGUGGAAUACAGCGAUUCGGAUGACGAUUCUGAGCCCGGUGACGGUGCCGACUGGUCCGAUUGAUAGGCUGGGGGAGGGGAAGCUGUCCACUAGGGUCGCAGGGCCAGAGCCCACAGUGUCUCCAUGAUGCAUCAGGUGUGAACAGAGAGGGCCUCUGCUGUAUCUGAAUGGCGCGCAGCACAAUCUCCAGGGUACUCAACCAUGGGCAGGAAGGACCCCAGCCUUGGGCGGACUCCCUGGCGCCCUCUGCAGCCUUUUGUGGGGGCAACCAGUGGACUUCAGCCCACGUGGAGGGUGGGAGAGAACCUAGUGCUAAAAGCUUAGUAAUGCCUGGGGUUAGCACACAGCUGUCUGUGUUUAUCAACAUGCAUAUUUCCCGCUCUUAUGUUCUCACAUACCCUUUUGAUGACAUUUUCCAUUACCAAAAUACAGUUGCAAAUCUCAAUAACAGAAGUUAUAUAGUUUACUGGAGGACAGUAAAAAUCCCAAGAUGUUGUUCUUGCCCC